AUGAAGUCCGCGCAGGUCUUGACGUUCAUCGCGGCGAUGACGCCGGGAGUGCUCGCAGUGCUCGCAGUGCACAAGGAAGCUCCCCCAAACCCAGAUGAGGUUCCCCUGCCUGCAGUGCCCAACAUGGUGGCCGUGGGGAAGAGCGGAUUUCCUGAGUUGCCCACAGUCUCCGCCAUGCUGGAUGAGUCCACGCAGACCUUGAGUUCCUCGGUGUGGGAUGGUGUGGCCACUGGGCUGGAAUUCCGAUGGUGUCGGAUGGCAGGGAUGGCAGGCAUCGGAUAG